AUGGGCUCCAUCACUCCUCCUCGUGCUGUCGAAGCACUCCCAGCCACUUCAGCAUCAGAGAAGAUCCUCGAGAUUCUCUACCGCGAUGGCGCUGUCGUUAUCAAGAACCUCCUCUCCCUUGACUCCGUCGCUGAGAUCACCGGCGAAAUCAAGCCUUAUAUGGAUGCCGACUACAACAGUGGACUGGAGGUCUUUGCCAAGCAAACCAAGACUGUCUGCGGACUGGCAGGAAAGUCGCCUGCCGCGGUCAAGUCCAUCUUGCAGAACCCUAAUGUCAAAACCAUUGUCAAUGAUGUCCUUAGUGUCACCACUGAGAGUUGGUGGGGUGACGCUCGCAACAAGUGUGUCUCCCCUCCGCUGUUGAGUUCUUUCUUUACCGUUCGUGUGGGACCUGGUAGUGCUCGCCAGGGUCUUCACCGAGACGAUCAGGAUCACCACGCUACGCACACCCACGGUGAUCCUAAGGAAACCACUAAGCUGGGAUGCUUUGUCGCAACCUCCAAAGUCACCAAAGAGAACGGAGCCACCGAGAUCGUCCUCGGCUCCCAUGUCUGGGACGAUGUGCGCAAACCUUCGGUGGAUGAAGUCAGUUAUGGCGAGAUGGACACUGGUGAUGCCUUGUUGAUGCUGGGUAACUGCUACCACGGAGCCGGCGCCAAUGUCACCAGCGACUCGUUCCGAAGCGUUGUCGUUACAUUGUUCUGCAAGGGAGUUUACCGGUCGGAAGAGAACCAGUUCCUCGCUGUCACGCAGGAGCAAGCGAAGAAUUUGGAUCCCGAGGUUCAGGAUCUCCUCGGAUGGAAGGCCAGUGCACCGUUCUGCGGAUGGUACGAUUUGGGCCACCCCUACCGCCUCAUUCGUGAGGUCGAUAACGUGGGCUCAGAUCUGUUUUAG